AUGCAAAAGAAAAGUGAAGCGAAACAAAGAAAAAUGCAAUCAAUGGUAGCUUUAAGCGCUGGAGUUAUGACUGGUAUGGCUGGAAGAGCUGCUGGCAUGGCUACGAUUUCAAAGGCCACUGUCUCUAGCGAAGAUCAAAUAAAAGUUUCGGAAUCAAUCCGUAAAGAAUCGACAUCUAAAGGUUCUUUGACAGCGCCUUUGACAAACUUGGGCGGUUCUUCUGAUUCAAAUUCUAGUCAAAAAUCAUCAGCGCAUAAAAGUAGUGCAACUGUAACGGGAACAUCAACAACUGCUGAAUCUGAUGGAGAUAAAAAAGAUGAACAAGUUGAAGCAGAAAGAUCUAGUAGUCCAGCAUUUGAUUCUGAUGAUGAAAGUACUACGCAAAAUGUAAAAAAGCGACCUUCAGUCGUUAAUCUCGUGAUGCAAACAGGCACUAUGCAGUUGCUGGGUAAUAUGCGCUUGAACGGCGGCAUGCUUAUGAAACCCGAAUUGAAAUCAUCGCAUAUUAUCAAGCAUGACCUAGAUAAACCAAAGUCAUCACUGUCGCAAAUAUCAGAGAAGAGUAUCCUAGAGACUGAAUAUAUACAGUCAAACAAUGGACAUCCUGCAGUAAGUUUGCCAAUUUCAUCCGCUAGCAACAUCUCGCCUUCAUCAUCUGGGAUAGAUUCAUCAUUAGAAAGGGAAGUUUCAAAUACGAUUGCUCAAAGAAUCAUCCCCCCUCCAUCAGAAUUCCGCUGUAGUCCCACGGUAUCUGAAAGCCCUCCAUCUCAUUCAGAAUCAUCUAGAUCUAAGGUCUUUAGACUAAUUAAAUGUGAUAGUAGCGGCUACGACUUCUUAUUAGGACUAGAUGGUGCUGAUUUGCGAUACAUGGACGAGAGUUCCAUUAUAGUCCCGACACCUCAGAAUGAAAGCCCUCCAUCUUCUCUUACAUUCCCAACCGCUACUGAUCCACCGUCCCCUCCAACAUUGAAUUCUGGUAAUGUAACAAAUACUUCCUUAUUACAGGCUGCUCUUAUUCGAGCGACUGCUGAAGCACAAGUUACACCUAAACCAAACCAAACUCCUCCACAGCCUGUUAAAGUUAAUACGGAGGUAAGUUUAACAGCUGGAGAAUGCCCUAAACCUGUCAUCACCCUAGUGUCGUCUUCCAAUAAUAAUGAUACACAAACACCAAAGCCAAAGGAAAAUAAGGCAGCGCCACUGAGAUUAAAUGCUGUUUUAAGCCCUGCAAUUGAAAGCAGUGAUGUUUCAAGUCCUGCAGUGAGUGGAUCAUGUCGGGGUGAUUCAAGAAAAGAAUUUGUAAAGAGCAUAGGUAAAAAAUUUAAAGUAAGACGUUCAAAACGCGAUGGCUUAUUUCCUAGUAUUGGCCGCCAGAAAUCAAAGUCAGAGAACAGAGCUCGAAAGGCUUUCAGGACGAUAUCUUUCAUUUUAGGCGCCUUCGUUGUAUGCUGGACUCCAUAUCAUAUUUUAGCUUUAGUUGAAGGUUUUUGUACAGAACCUCCGUGUAUAAAUCAACAUUUGUAUAUGUUUUCAUAUUUCUUAUGUUACGCAAACAGCCCUAUUAAUCCAUUUUGCUAUGCAUUAGCAAAUCAACAGUUUAAAAAGACUUUUAUGAGACUCUUAAAGGGUGACUUUCAUGUAACGUAA